AGGAGGAGGCACAGUAGAUAGAGAUUACUAAACAGAUUAGUUUGUGGUCAUAGAGCAGAGUCUUUCAUGGGGUAACAAGAAACAUCUUGCAUUAAACUGAUGCAAGAGCAAAAUAUUGCUUUAAGAGAAAACAAAAUAGUAUUUACAAAGAAAACUAAAUUUUCAGUGGGUUACAAGAGUGAUUAAGAGAUAGGUAACUGGAUUUAAAAAAGGCUACUGUUCCGAUCAUUAUAAUGAUGACAAUUUUUGGCUACAGGAAUAUUUUCAACUACAAUAACAACACUGCAUAAACCAAAAAAAAAAAAAAAACUGUCACUGACUGUGGAUGGCAGCUAUAGAUAUUCCAGUAAGAGAUGUGGGUCUAAAAGGAGCAUCUAUGCCUGUCAUUCAAGGACAAGAUGUGUGGUCCUCAAAAAUACUGCCAAAGGUCCUAAAAAGUCAUGUAUCAUGGAAACAGCUUGAGGACCAAUAUCUCUGUCUACAGAAGGAGACCACACUCCUCAAACAACAUGUUCAUAUAAUAGAACAGAACCUACAAAGGUUCUUCAGUAAAUUGUCAAAAAUGAGGAAUGGGAAUUCUUGCUUUGCUUGGGGUCAACAUUUUGAUGCUCAUGACCCUAUUGGCAAGCUGAAGAAUCGUGUACCUACUUUAGAGAUUCCACGCAUAAGACGAGGUGUACAACGAGAAGGAGAAGUCACUCAGACUACUCAAACAGCCCCGGUGCUGAGCUUCACCGAUGAUUACAAAGACCAGAAUGAAAGGCUAAAAACUGUUGAGCUGGCUAUUCAAUCCAUCAGCGAGACCUUUAAAUUCAAGGAGAAAGGACCGGAAGACCCUAUGGAAGAAAUGCACAAACAGCAAGUUGAUCUACUCAGACUAACCAUAAAAGAUAAUGUAGAUGUGAUCAGACUGAAGAAACAGCUGUCUACUGAAAGGACUGCUCUUUUGGUCAUUAAGGAUAAGUUUACAGAUCUAAAACAGGCUUAUGAGACCCAGCUGGAAGAGAGCCAGCGGUCACUACAGGAAAACCAGGAGACAUUGCUGGGAAAAGUGGGGCAGCUGAAUGAACUACUAAAAGAGGAAAAACAAAGGGCAUUGGACCUUGAAGGUCAGCUUAACAGUGCCACUAUUGCACUGCACAGCUUAGCAGAGCUUCAAGAGAGGGUCUUACACAUUGAAGGAGAGAGAAAUCUCCUGAAGAAAAGUUAUAAUGCUUUACUGCUUAGCACUCUGUCUGCCCAUAGCCACCAUAAUGAACAUGAGAAUGAAAAAGACAUUGAUAGCCAGGAAGUGGAGCCCUGGAGAGCUGAUAUGUUGGAACUGGAGAAAAAGCUGGAAAAUGAAAAAAGGGAGAGAGAAAAACUGGAGCAGGAAAACAAGAGGGUGAUGCAAGAAAAUGAUAGGAUUCAAGUGGAAAGAGCAGAAGAAAGAGCCAUGACAUCUACCCUUAUAGAAAAACAUGCCUUCCUGGAGCAAGAAGCAUUACAGUACAGACAGAAUGUGAAAUCCCUACAAGAGAGACUAGACAGAGAAUCAAAAGAUUUUCACAUAGAUGUGGAAGACCUUAGCGAAGUUCUGAUGCAAAUUAAGGCUUUUCGACUACAGCACGAGAGUUUUAAGAGGCUGACGGUCCUGGAGAGUAAUGAGAAGGUCAAGGAUCCAUCACAAGAGCUGGCUGCUCUACAAGCCUCACAUGCAGAAACCAUACUAGAGCUUCAGAAAACUCGGGAAUUGUUAGCAUUGCAGCAUAGACUCAAUAUUGACCUGCAGACUGAAAUGAAGAUAGAGAAGGAGAGAGCAGAAAGGGAAAGGGAAUGGAACAGAAGGGAGGUCAAUGAAAAAGACAAACUGUUGAAAAAUAGAUCUCUUCAUAUCAACAGUUUGAAAGCUCAGUUAAAACAUCUAACUUACCAUCCUAGAAACUACAAUCAGAUAAUAUCACAGCAAAACACAUGGAGAGGGAUGGAGAAAGGGUUACCCCAGAUGAAGGAAGGGAAUACCAUGUUGAAUCAGCUCCAGGAUGGUGAAUCCUUGCUUGAAAUCAAUCUCAUGGGAGCCACGUUCACCCCUAUGGGACUGAGACUUAUGAGAGAGCAGAGAGUUGUGGAUGCCAGUGGUCCAGACCUGGUGACAUUUUGUACCUACACAGUCCUUGACUUUGAAAUGCACUCAACCCCACUGGUUUCAGGGACACAGCCAAAUUAUGGCUUCACAUCCUGCUUUGUUCUUACUGAAAACAGCCGCACCAUGCUUGAGACUCAAGAGGUAUUCGCACAUAUUGAAGUACAUCAGUCACUAGGAGGAAUACAAUUUAUAACCCAAGGUAGAUCCAGCAUUCCCCUCAGGCAAGCAAUACUGCACAAAGGAGAAAAGGUGAAAGGGAGAGUCAACAUUACAGGAUCCAAGGGAGAGAUAAUAGGGGUCCUGGAAUUCUGGGUCCGCCUAUUCUUUGAAGAGGAGCCAAAAGAUAUUCACACAGAUUCACACACAGCUUUCUACUGGAGUCACACACAGCCUGAGCUAGAGUCUUCCACUCUACCACUCAAAGUGCAUAGUCUUGCAAAAUCACAACAACCCCUGUUUCCUGCACCAAAAUCACCACCAAGAAAACCAGGAAGCAAAUAUAUACAGCUUUCAGGUUACAACCAAAGCAAAGGGUCAUUAAACCACAAUCUUGCCUUGCCUGUUUCUGAUCACACAUCAACAAGCAACAAACAAAGGAGCUCAAGUCAUCUUUCAAUGGCUUUACAACAGGAAGACUAUGAGAAGGUAAAAGAAGAAUCACCGUCUGUACAGCUGCAAAAUCAAAUGGACAGUGAAGUUCUAAAGUCUUUGGAAUCCCUCACCACCAGUGAUAGUGAUGUUAUCAUUUCCCAGCCUCAAAAACCUAUAAAAGAGGGCUACAGACUUAAAGUUGAGAUCUUAUCACUUUUGUUUGACCCAGCCUCGAGUGUUGCUUUAGACCAAUCAGUGCAGCAAGUUUAUGUGGAGUACAGACUCUUCGGCAUACCUACUGAAACCACCGAGACGCCCACUUCUUUGCAAAAACCAACAGAGGGGGAAGAAAUACAUUUUAACUUCAGCAGAAUCAUUCACAUUGACUCAAUAGAGGCUGUUAAUCUAAAACAGUAUCUCUAUACUAUAUUGGAAAGGAGUGAUGCUGAUCAGAGCAGGUUAAAGUUCACUGUGGUAAGUGAGCCAUUGAAUGAGGAAGAAGAAUGUGUGGAUGUUGGCCAUGCCUGCUUAGACUUGCAGGAAUUACUUCUUACAGGAAAUGAUGUCACUGAAUGCCAAAUUAAUAUUGUCAGAAUGGAUCGUGAUCAGGAGGUGGUGGGGCGGCUGAGAGUUUCUUUAGAGGCUGCACAAACUUUAAAAGGAAUCUCCUGCUAGCACCCCAGCUAAGAGUGGAAAGAAAGACACAGAACAGGAAAAAAAGGAAAAGGCAAGAAAAGAGUAAUAUAUCAACAUGAGGAGACCAAAGUUGUUGAUCUUGUUUAUUUGAAAAUUAAAAAUAAAUUCUUAAGUAAUAAAUAAGUCUUAGUCUGUAUCCUAAUAAACCAGCAUUAGUGUUUAUUUAUUGAUGGAAACUUCAAAGCACUUUUAUAAGUCUCUGAAUGAAAAAACAUCCACCAAAGGCAAUGAAUGUAAUGUGUUAAUUUGUUUUAUACACAAUGUACCAAAACAGUAUCAUCCUUCAUCUCUCAUCCACUCACAGUCUCUUCAUAUCUUACCAAGCGCAAUGUAGAUGCAACAUUAUGACCUAGGAAAUGGAAGUAAGGGUACAGGCUUUUGUUACAAGUGGUAACAGACACCACAUUGAAUUGAUUGAAUAUGUAGAAUUAGCAAUAUGUGCUAAAGCCAGAGAGCAGUUUUCAGAAUAGAUGUUUUAUAUAUGUAAAAUGUAAACUGAUGGCAGUGAUAUUUUGACAAAUAUAUUACUUCCAUUUUGACCUAAAAGUGACAGUCUAAAAGGGUCAUAUAAAUGAUGUGCUUGAAAUAAGUGAAAUGUUAUAGUGCUUAGAGUCUCUUGCAAAUCUAAUGGAUAAAAUGGCAUUCGAUGUGAGUUAACUGAAAUCAAUUCUAUUGAUUUGAUGUUGGAGUCAAAAACAGUGAAAACUCACUGUUGGUGGAAUGUUAAGUAGGAGCUGAUUCUUCUAACCUCCUGAGCCAGUCAUGCUUUUUUAUAAAGACAAUUCCCAGUCAUCUGAUGACCAAAAGGCUUUUGGCUUCAGAAUCAGAAAGCAAAAAAUCUAAAAUUAUUGACAAUAUGGUACUCUCAAUGUACCUGUGGAGGGAACAUCCAAGGGGCAUUCUGCUUCACUAGAGUCCAACAGAGCCUGUUCAUAAAAAACAAGGGCUGGUAAAAGCUAUUUAUCUGUUAAAGGAGAUGUUGAUUAAUUACCAGUUUAAUUGAGUAUCUGGGCUUAAUUAGAUAAAAAUGCAGUCUAUUUUUGUUUCAUGUAAUUAUAGUAUAUAAUUACAUAAGUAUAAUUCAUACUGUAGGACAUUCAGAAAAAAAAGUCUAUUCAUAAACAGUGUGUUAUUGUGGUUUUUGUGGUUAUUUGGUGGAUAAUAGAAUAAGUCAUUCCACUUCAUUACAUAUUUAUCCCAAAAAAAAAAAAAACUUGACAGAUUACUUAAGGAUAGCGAUCUCAAUAAAAUCGAGAAAAACUGUAUGUCCUUGAUGCCUAUAGAGUACCAGUAAUUUACUAAUAAAAUAAUUCAUUUAAAUUUA